AUGAGUGAUCACAUGGUUGUAUAUGUCGACGGGCCGAUGCGACCAGUUCCGGUUCUCGCUGAGGUCGAGAAAAUAAGAUCGGAGACGCCGGAGCCGUCUGGUGUCACGGCGGUGGCGGAGGACCAUAAUGCAAUUGAUAUCUACGGCGGAGAAACUACCACGGAGGAUGAUUCGCUUAUUUGGUCUGCGGAGUGUCGUAUUUGUCAGGAGGAAUCCGAGAUUAAGAAUCUCGAGAGCCCAUGUGCUUGCAAUGGAAGCCUCAAGUAUGCUCACAGGAAAUGUGUUCAACAUUGGUGCAAUGAAAAGGGAAACACUUUAUGUGAAAUAUGUCAUCAGCCAUACCAAGCUGGAUAUACCUCUCCACCACCUCCAAUCCAAUCUGAAGAAACUACUAUCGACAUUGGUGGAGGAUGGAGGAUCUCAGGUAUGGAUUUACAUGAUCCACGCCUCCUGGCGAUGGCAGAAGCUGAGCGUGAGAUUUUAGAGUCGGAGUAUGAUGAUUAUACAGCUCGAGAUUCCAGUCUAGCUGCAUUUUUCCGAGCAUCUGCUCUCAUAUUGAUGACUCUUCUAUUGCGAUAUGCACUGACUAUACCAGAUUAUGCAGAUGAUGAUGAAGAUGACCCUUCUGCAAUGCUUUCUCUUUUCUUACUCCGAGCUGCCAGUUUUCUUCUUCCUUGCUACAUCAUGGCAUCAGCCAUUAGUAUCUUGCACCGGAGAAGACAAAGACAGGAAGCAGCGGCUUUGGCCACCCGGUUUGCGUUGGUGCUCAGCUCGCGUCAACCUAGAGCCGUGAUUAAUUAUUUGUCAAUGGAGCCGUGA